AUGGCCGCGCACAAGCCGGUGGAAUGGGUCCAGGCCGUGGUGAACCGCUUCGAUGAGCAGCUUCCAAUUAAAGCUGGACAGCAGACUACACACACCAAAGUCAGCACUGAACACAACAAGGAGUGUCUUAUCAACAUUUCCAAAUACAAGUUUUCUCUGGUUAUAAGUGGCCUCACCAAUAUUUUAAAAAAUGUUAACAAUAUGAGAAUAUUUGGAGAAGCUGCUGAAAAGAAUUUAUAUCUCUCUCAGUUAAUUAUUUUGGAUACACUGGAAAAAUGUCUUGCUGGGCAGCCAAAGGACACAAUGAGGUUAGAUGAAACAAUGUUGGUCAAGCAGUUGCUACCGGAAAUUUGCCAUUUCAUUCACACCUAUCGGGAAGGGAACCAGCACGCAGCCGAACUUCGGAGCUCUGCCUCUGGGGUCCUCUUCUCUCUCAGCUGUAACAACUUCAAUGCUGUCUUCAGUCGCAUUUCUACCAGGUUACAGGAAUUGACUGUUUGUUCAGAAGAUAAUGUUGAUGUCCAUGAUAUAGAAUUAUUACAGUAUAUCAAUGUGGAUUGUGCAAAACUAAAGCGGCUGUUGCAGGAAACUGUAUUUAAGUUUAAAGCCUUAAAGAAGGUAGCUCAGCUAGCAGUUAUAAAUAGCCUAGAAAAGGCAUUUUGGAAUUGGGUAGAGAACUAUCCUGAUGAAUUUACAAAGCUGUACCAGACUCCCCAGACAGAUAUGGCUGAAUGUGCAGAAAAAUUAUUUGACUUGGUGGAUGGUUUUGCUGAAAGCACCAAACGUAAAGCUGCAGUUUGGCCACUGCAAAUCAUUCUUCUUGUCUUGUGUCCAGAAAUAAUCCAGGACAUUUCCAAGGAUGUGGUUGAUGAAGCGAAAAUGAAUAAGAAAAUGUUUCUCGACAAUCUCAGAAGGGCGCUGGCCGGCCAUGGUGGGAGCAGGCAGCUGACAGAGAGCGCCGCGAUCGCCUGUGUCAAACUGUGCAAAGCCAGCACCUACAUCAACUGGGAGGAUAACUCAGUCAUUUUCUUGCUCGUCCAGUCCAUGGUGGUAGAUCUGAAGAACUUGCUUUUUAAUCCCAGUAAGCCCUUCUCCAGAGGCAGCCAGAAUGCUGAUGUGGACCUCAUGAUUGACUGCCUGGUUUCUUGCUUUCGUAUAAGCCCUCACAACAACCAACACUUUAAGAUCUGUUUGGCCCAGAACUCCCCAUCUACAUUUCAUUAUGUGCUGGUAAACUCCCUCCAUCGAAUUAUCACCAAUUCCGCCCUGGAUUGGUGGCCCAAGAUCGAUGCUGUAUAUUGCCAUUCUGUUGAACUCCGAAAUAUGUUUGGCGAAACCCUUCACAAGGCCGUGCAGGGCUGUGGGGCUCAUGCUGCGAUCCGAAUGGCGCCGAGUCUUACAUUUAAAGAAAAAAUGACAAGCCUUAAAUUUAAAGAAAAACCUACGGACUUGGAAACAAGAAGUUAUAAAUACCUCCUAUUAUCCAUGGUGAAACUAAUCCAUGCAGAUCCAAAGCUGUUGCUAUGUAAUCCAAGAAAACAAGGGCCUGAAACUCAGGGGAGUACGGCAGAAUUAAUCACAGGCCUUGUGCAGCUUGUCCCCCAGUCCAGCAUGCCGGAGAUAGCCCAGGAAGCGAUGGAGGCUUUGCUGGUUCUUCAUCAGUUGGAUAGCAUUGAUUUAUGGAAUCCAGAUUCGCCAAUAGAAACAUUCUGGGAGAUUAGCUCACAAAUGCUUUUUUAUAUCUGUAAAAAGCUAACUACCCAUCAGAUGCUUAGCAGUACAGAAAUUCUCAAAUGGUUGCGGGAAAUUUUGAUCUGUAGGAACAAAUAUCUUCUUAAAAAUAAGCAGUCAGAUAGGAGUUCUUCCCAUUUUCUCUACCUUUAUGGGGUAGGGUAUGAUGUCUCCUCUGGUGGAGGUACCGGUCAUAUCUCUCUAGACCAUGAAGAGUUUAUGCGCACCUGUGCUCCAGGACCACCUCUCAGGAAAGUCAAAGGAAACUCCUCGAUGGAUGGCGCAAUAGGGUCCAGCGGGACGCCAAUCUGUCGCCAGGCCCAAACUAAACUUGAGGUCGCUCUGUACAUGUUUCUGUGGAGUCCCGACAUCGAAGCUGUGCUUGUGGCCAUGUCCUGCUUUCGACACCUCUGUGAGGAAGCUGAUAUCAGGUGUGGCAUAGAUGAGAUUUCGAUGCACCAUUUCUUGCCUAACUAUAAUACCUUCAUGGAGUUUGCGUCCGUCAGCAACAUGAUGUCAACAGGAAGGGCAGCUCUUCAGAAGAGAGUGAUGGCGCUGCUGCGGCGCAUUGAACAUCCAACAGCAGGCAACACUGAGGCUUGGGAAGAUACUUAUACAAAAUGGGAACAAGCGACAAAAUUAAUCCUCAAUUACCCGAAAGCCAAAAUUGAAGAUGGGCAGGUUGCUGAAAGUCUUCAUAAGACCAUUGUGAAAAGGAGAAUGUCUCACGUGAGUGGAGGGGGCUCCAUUGACCUGUGUGACACUGACUCGCUCCAGGAGUGGAUCAACAUGACUGGGUUUCUUUGUGCCCUUGGCGGUGUAUGCCUGCAGCACCGAAGCAAUGUGGGCUUUGCCACCUACAGUCCCCCAAUGGGCCCGAUCAGUGAGCGCAAAGGCUCGCUCAUUUCCAUGGUGUCCUCUGAUGGAAACGCUGAGACACCUGUCAGCAAGUUCAUGGACCGGCUGCUGUCCCUGAUGGUGUGUAACCAUGAGAAAGUGGGCCUGCAGAUACGGAGCAAUGUCAAGGAUCUGUUGGGUCUUGAACUGAGCCCUGCCCUUUAUCCAAUGCUGUUUAACAAGUUAAAGAGCACCAUCAGCAAGUUUUUUGAUCCUCAAGGACAGGUUUUAUUGACGGACACCAAUACUCAGUUUGUGGAGCAGACCAUAGCCAUAAUGAAGAACUUGCUGGAUAAUCACGCCGAGGGCAGUUCUGAGCACAUGGGACAAGCGAGCAUUGAGACAAUGAUGCUUAAUCUGGUCAGAUAUGUUAGAGUGUUUGGGAAUUUGGUACAGGCAAUUCAGAUCAAAACUAAACUCUGCCAGCUGGUUCAAGUAAUGAUGGAGAGGAGAGAUGACCUUUCAUUUUGCCAAGAGAUGAAAUUUAGGAAUAAAAUGGUAGAAUAUUUGACAGAUUGGGUCAUGGGGACAUCUAACCAAACCGCAGAUGAAGAUGUGAAAUGUCUAACUAGAGAUUUGGACCAGGCAAGCAUGGAAGCAGUGGUGUCUUUGCUCGCUGGCCUCCCUUUGCAGCCCGAGGAAGGAGACGGGGUGGAAUUGAUGGAAGCCAAAUCACAGCUAUUUCUUAAGUAUUUCACACUCUUUAUGAACCUCCUCAAUGACUGCAGUGAGGUUGAAGAAGAAAACGCACAGAUCGGGGGCAGGAAGCGGGGCAUGUCGCGAAGGCUGGCGUCGCUCAGGCACUGUACUGUGCUUGCCAUGUCCAACUUGCUCAAUGCUAACGUAGACAGUGGCCUUAUGCACUCCAUAGGAUUGGGUUAUCACAAAGAUCUUCAGACAAGAGCCACGUUCAUGGAAGUCCUCACAAAAAUUCUUCAGCAAGGCACAGAGUUUGACACGCUUGCAGAAACCGUGUUAGCCGACCGAUUUGAGAGACUCGUUGAGUUGGUCACAAUGAUGGGUGAUCAAGGAGAGCUCCCCAUAGCCAUGGCUCUGGCCAAUGUGGUGCCUUGUUCUCAGUGGGAUGAACUCGCUCGAGUCCUCGUCACUCUCUUCGAUUCCCGACACUUACUUUACCAGCUGCUUUGGAACAUGUUUUCUAAGGAAGUGGAGCUGGCAGACUCCAUGCAGACGCUUUUUAGAGGGAACAGCUUGGCCAGUAAAAUCAUGACCUUCUGUUUUAAGGUCUAUGGUGCUACCUACCUGCAAAAGCUUCUGGAGCCUUUACUACGAUUUGUGAUCACAUCCUCCGAAUGGCAGCAUGUCAGCUUUGAAGUUGAUCCCACCAGGUUAGAGCACAGUGAGAGCCUGGAGGACAACCAGCGGAAUCUCCUGCAGAUGACGGAAAAGUUCUUCCACGCCAUCAUCGGCUCUUCCUCGGAGUUCCCCCCUCAGCUCCGCAGUGUGUGCCACUGCUUGUACCAGGCAACUUGCCACUCUCUACUGAAUAAAGCUACCGUAAAAGAAAAAAAGGAAAACAAAAAAUCAGUUGUUAGCCAGAGAUUCCCUCAGAACAGCAUUGGCGCCGUGGGGAGUGCCAUGUUCCUGAGAUUCAUCAACCCUGCCGUUGUCUCUCCCUACGAGGCAGGGAUUUUAGAGAGAAAACCGCUCCCUAGAAUUGAAAGGGGACUGAAGCUGAUGUCAAAGAUACUUCAGAGCAUUGCCAAUCACGUCCUCUUCACAAAAGAAGAGUAUAUGAGGCCUUUUAACGAUUUUGUGAAAAGCAACUUUGAUGUAGCACGGAGAUUUUUCCUUGAUAUUGCAUCUGAUUGCCCUGUAAGUGAUGCCAUAAACCACAGUCUUUCCUUCAUCAGUGAUGGCAAUGUCCUGGCUUUGCACCGUCUGCUCUGGAACAACCAAGAGAAAAUUGGCCAAUAUCUUUCAAGCAACAGAGAUCACAAAGCUGUUGGAAGGCGACCUUUUGAUAAGAUGGCAACACUCCUCGCCUACCUGGGCCCUCCAGAGCACAAGCCUGUGGCGGACACACACUGGUCCAGCCUGAAUCUUACCAGUUCUAAGUUUGAGGAAUUUAUGACAAGGCACCAGGUACAUGAAAAAGAGGAGUUCAAGGCUUUGAAAACAUUAAAUAUCUUCUAUCAAGCAGGCACUUCCAAGGCUGGAAAUCCCGUUUUUUAUUAUGUCACACGAAGGUUCAAGACCGGUCAGAUCAACGGGGACUUGCUGAUAUACCAUGUUUUACUAACUUUAAAGCCAUAUUAUGCGAAGCCAUACGAGAUUGUGAUGGACCUCACCCACGCUGGGCCUAGCAAUCGCUUUAAGACAGACUUCCUCUCCAAGUGGUUUGUUGUUUUCCCGGGCUUUGCCUAUGAGAACGUCUCUUCGGUCUAUAUCUACAACUGUAAUUCUUGGGUCAGGGAGUACACCAAGUACCACGAGAGGCUGCUCACCGGACUCAAAGGCAGCAAAAGACUCUUUUUCAUAGACUCUCCCGCGAAGCUGGCCGAGCACAUCGACUAUGAUCAGCAAAAACUGCCGGCCGCCACGUUGGCUCUGGACGAGGACCUCAAGGUGUACAACAGUGCUCUGAAGCUGGCUCACAAGGACACCAAGGUGACCCUCAAAGUUGGCUCUACCGCGAUUCAAGUGACAUCAUCUGAGAGAACUAAAGUCCUGGGGCAGACGGUUUUUCUGAAUGAUAUUUACUAUGCCUCUGAGAUCGAAGAAAUCUGUCUGGUGGAUGAAAACCAGUUCACCCUGACCAUUUCCAAUCAGGGCACUCCCCUCACCUUCAUGCACCAAGAGUGCGAAGGCAUUGUCGCGUCCAUCAUUCACAUCCGAACUAGAUGGGAGCUGUCACAGCCAGACUCCAUCCCCCAGCACACUAAGAUCCGGCCAAAGGACGUUCCCGGAACACUUUUGAAUAUUGCAUUACUUAACUUGGGUAGCUCGGACCCUAGUUUACGGUCAGCCGCCUAUAAUCUUCUCUGUGCCUUAACCUGUACCUUUAAUUUAAAAAUUGAGGGCCAAUUACUAGAAACAUCAGGUCUGUGUAUACCUGCCAACAAUACCCUUUUUAUUGUCUCUAUUAGUAAAACCCUGGCAGCUAAUGAGCCACACCUCACCUUAGAGUUUUUGGAAGAGUGCAUUUCCGGAUUUAGCAAAUCCAGUAUUGAAUUGAAGCAUUUGUGUCUAGAAUACAUGACUCCCUGGCUAUCAAAUCUAGUCCGAUUUUGUAAACAUAAUGACGAUGCCAAGCGACAGAGAGUCACUGCUAUUCUUGAUAAACUUAUAACAAUGACCAUAAAUGAAAAACAAAUGUACCCGUCUAUCCAAGCCAAGAUAUGGGGAAGCCUUGGGCAGAUUACAGACCUACUUGAUGUGGUGCUGGACAGCUUCAUCAAAACCAGUGCCACAGGGGGUUUGGGAUCCAUCAAGGCAGAAGUGAUGGCCGACACAGCCGUGGCGCUGGCUUCUGGGAAUGUGAAGCUGGUAUCGAGCAAGGUGAUUGGAAGAAUGUGCAAAAUAAUUGACAAGACCUGCCUCUCUCCAACUCCUACCUUAGAGCAGCACCUCAUGUGGGAUGACAUCGCCAUUUUAGCGCGCUACAUGCUGAUGCUGUCCUUCAAUAAUUCUUUGGAUGUGGCGGCUCAUCUUCCCUACCUCUUCCAUGUGGUGACUUUGUUGGUGGCCACAGGUCCCUUGUCCCUUCGUGCUUCCACACACGGACUGGUCAUCAAUAUCAUCCAUUCUCUGUGCACUUGUUCACAACUUCAUUUUAGUGAAGAGACCAAGCAAGUUUUACGCCUGAGUCUGACUGAGUUCUCACUACCUAAGUUUUAUUUGCUGUUUGGCAUCAGCAAAGUCAAAUCGGCUGCUGUGAUAGCCUUCCGGUCCAGUUACCGGGACAGGUCUUUCUCCCCUGGCUCCUAUGAGAGGGAGACCUUUGCCCUGGCAUCCCUGGAGACAGUCACAGAAGCUCUCUUGGAGAUCAUGGAGGCUUGUAUGAGAGAUAUUCCCGCAUGCAAGUGGCUGGAUCAGUGGACAGAGCUAGCCCAGAGGUUCGCAUUCCAGUAUAAUCCAUCCCUGCAGCCAAGAGCCUUGGUUGUGUUUGGCUGUAUCAGCAAAAGAGUGUCCCAUGGGCAGAUCAAACAGAUUAUCCGCAUUCUUAGCAAGGGCCUUGAGAGCUGCCUAAAAGGACCUGAUAAUUAUAACAGUCAAGUUCUGAUUGAAGCAACCGUAAUAGCACUAACCAAAUUACAACCACUUCUUAAUAAGCAGGAGUCCCCUCUGCACCGAGCCCUCUUCUGGGUCGCUGUCGCUGUGCUACAGCUGGAUGAAGUGGACCUGUACUCGGCAGGCACCGCCCUGCUGGAGCAGAACCUGCACACCUUAGACAGUCUACUGCACAUCUUCAACGACCAGAGCCCAGAAGAAGUGUUCAUGGAGAUCCGGCAGCCUCUGGAGUGGCACUGCAAGCAGAUGGACCAUUUUGUGGGACUCAACUUUAACUCCAGCUUUAACUUUGCCCUUGUCGGGCACCUCCUGAAAGGAUUUCGGCACCCUUCACCUGUCACUGUUGCAAGAACUGUGAGGAUUUUACACACACUGCUAGCACUGGUUAAUAAACAUAGGAAUUGUGACAAGUUUGAGGUGAACACCCAGAGUGUGGCUUACUUAGCAGCUUUACUUACUGUGUCUGAGGAGGUUCGAAGUCGCUGCAGCUUAAAACAUAGGAAGUCACUGCUGCUAACUGAUAUCACAAUGGAAAAUGUGCCUAUGGAUAUAUACCCCAUCUAUCACAGUGACCCCAGCCUUAGGACUCUAAAGGAAACGCAACCUUGGUCCUCUCCAAAGGGUUCUGAGAGACACCUUGCAGCCAGCUACCCUCCUGUGGGCCAGACUAGCCCCCGAACCAGAAAAUCCAUGAGCCUGGAUAUGGGGCAGCCUUCCCAGGCCAACACGAAGAAGUUGCUUGGGACGAGGAAGAGCUUCGAUCAUUUGAUAUCUGAUGCCAAAGCUCCUAAAAGGCAAGAAAUGGAAUCUGGAGUCACCACGCCCCCCAAGAUGCGGAGAGUAGCAGAGAAUGACUAUGAGAUGGAAACCCAGAGGAUCUCGCCACAGCCACAUCCGCCACUGCGGAAAGUGUCAGUGUCUGAAUCCAAUGUUCUCCUGGACGAGGAAGUGCUCACGGAUCCCAAAACCCAGGCUCUCCUUCUCACAGUCCUGGCUACUCUGGUUAAGUACACCGCUGAUGAAUUUGACCAGCGCAUUCUUUAUGAGUACUUAGCAGAGGCCAGCGUUGUCUUCCCAAAGGUUUUUCCAGUUGUACAUAAUUUGUUGGACUCAAAGAUAAACACCCUGCUGUCAUUAUGCCAAGACCCAAAUUUAUUAAAUCCAGUCCAUGGGAUUGUGCAGAGCGUGGUCUAUCAUGAAGAGGCCCCACCACAGUACCAGACAGCAUACCUACAGAGUUUUGGUUUUAAUGGUCUGUGGAGGUUUGCAGGACCAUUUUCAAAGCAGACGCAGAUCCCAGACUAUGCCGAGCUCAUCGUCAAGUUUCUCGAUGCCUUGAUUGACACGUAUUUGCCUGGAAUCGAUGAAGAAGCCAGUGAGGAGUCUCUCCUGACCCCCACCUCUCCCUACCCUCCUGCAGUGCAGAGCCAACUUAGUAUUACUGCUAAUCUCAACCUUUCUAACUCCAUGACCUCACUGGCAACUUCCCAGCAUUCCCCAGGCAUCGACAAGGAGAACGUGGAACUCUCCCCCACCACAGGGCACUCCAGCAGUGGGAGAACCCGCCACGGCUCGGCCAGCCAAGUACAGAAGCAGAGGAGCGCCGGCAGCUUCAAACGGCAUAGCAUUAAGAAGAUUGUGUGAAGCCGCCUCACUUCUUUCUUAAUAAACCAAGCAACCAACGCGCUGCCACGGCCCCCCCACACUGACGUGGCCUCAGCUGCCACUGGCCUCCCCUGCCCCCCCACGCUGACUCACCAUCAGCUGCCACCCUUCCAUACUGACCACCAACCACCACUGCCCCCCAGACUGACCGUCAGCCACCCCCACCACUGCCCCUCCCCAGACUGACCCUCGACUUCACACAUGUACACACACACACACACACACACACACACACACACACUCACUCACUCUCUCUCUCUCUCUCUCUCAUACUCACACUCUCACCCUGAGCCAUCGGGCUCCUGCGCCCCCCUGCUGUGACGCUGCACUUGUCUCCAUCCCAUCACCCACGUGGCCAGAUGAUCAAUUUUUGAAACAGUCGCCAAGCUCAAUGCUGCCUUUUCUUUUCUUUUCUUUUCAUUUUUUUCCCCCCACCUGGGGCAGGGCUUGGUGGGUUUGAGUCAGUGUUUCAGAGUAACUUCAGAAGCCGGUCUGGGAAGUGGGGAACAGGAACCCCGAUGCGGGGAGACGAGCGCAUCUGUCCCCCGGUCCCGCCCGACUUCCCUUUCUCGUUUGUCUCUCAGAGUCAGGGGUUGGGCAUGCUCUGGGAGAAGUGACAUCUGUAACCCCUGCAAUCUCACUCUCAGCCGUGGACUUUGUGUGAUGAUACAAAGCUGGAGGCAUCUGAGCGUGUCAGUGACUUCCCACUGGAAGCCAGAGUUUUAAAAGGUACUUUUUGGAGAUGUCGCCUUUCGUAGAAUGCUGGUGACAAAGGGGCACGUGGAGCUUUAGCAAUAAUUCUAGGGGUGAAGCGUGAGGGUGGAUAUCUUCUCAUUACCAAAAUCAGAGCUCUGACGAUUGAGACCCACGUGGCGUAAACCUUUUCCCCCAAAUGUCUCUUUUCUAAAUCGUGGAAAUACUGAAAGCCCAGCUUGUGAGCGCUGAUGAUUCAUCACCUGGUGGGGAUUACGCUUUUCCUUUCUUCCCCUUGCUCUCAGAAUAACUUCAGGCAGGGUAGUUGGGGAUCAGGGAAGGCAGCGUGGCCAGAGAGGUCAUUUUUUCUCAGUCUCUGGUUUGGCCAAGGGUAACUGAAGCCUAGACACGUUUAGUUCCCUUGAGUCAGAUGAAACGGUACUUAAUUUUUGAAUUAGCUAGCUCUCUUUCCUUUUAUUUUGUCGAAUACAAACCUAGUAGCUGCAUAUUACCAGAUAUUUUCACAGUAAGAUGUGUUGCCGAAUUUGUUGGGCCUUUAAAAAAAAAAAGAAACAUACUGGUCAAACACUUGGGUUUUAUAAGAUAAAAUUGUAUUUAAUCACUGUGAAAAGACUAGCAACCCUGCAGCAAAGUAACCAAUGGGGAAACCGCGAGAUGCUAAUGUGAUGUUGGAGCCUCAACAUUUCAGCUGUGAUAUGAUCCAGGGAAUGACCACCUUGAGGCGCCCGUGAGACAGAUGGAGACCAUGGAGUUCAGUGGGCAGGGAUCUGGAUAUAUAUCCUUAGGGUAAACUGUAUACUGCAAGAGAGAAAUUCGGCUCCCAGCCCCUGCUUUCCAUUCAAUUAGAGGUAAAUAAAUUAUCGGUGACUUUGAAGAAGACAAAGUGGCAGGGGAAGGGAGAGGACAUAGGAGUUUCCUGUAAUACUGUUUCAUUUGUGGAUUUCAGUAAACUAAAUUCCACAGCUAAAUUAAUAAAGAAUGGUACAAUUAAGUGUUCAGAUUUUAAUAAUAUACACAUAAUCCACAUUUAUUCACACAGUAACAGUGUAAUAUGUUAAUGUAAAUAAAUUACCUUUUGUUAUAUUCAGAAAUAACUUAAUUUUUUAAAUUUGUUUACAGUCCUGGAAAAAAAAAGAUGAACACAAACUUAAUAUGCAAAUGGUUUGCCAAAAUCUAAAAAAACAAAAAAAAACAAAAAAAAACCUUAGUAUUAAUAAUUUUCUUGACAUAGGUUUCUUGGGAAAAGUUGAAGACUUGUGCAAUUAACCAAACUUAAAAAAAAAAAUCUCGAUUCUCUAAAUGCUGCAGUAGAAUUGUCAUGGUCCCAGUGCUCCUAAGCCCGUGAGGAUGCCACAAGGACAGAACCAGCCUUGGGAAUAGAGCAGUAACCUGUGCCAAGGACCAACAUUGCCAUCAGUUUGUAGUCUUGGUUCUCUCAAACCACAUCCUCAGAUCCAGUGAAGCUGGUCACGUCCUUGUCUAAUUUCUCGGCUUUUGGAACAUCGGUCAUUGUGAGCCUUCAGUCAUUUCGGUUCCAUCUUUUUUUUUAAUCCUUUUUUUUUGUUUGUUUGUUUGAUGAAUAUAAUGAUGGGAAUUAGGGGAUUUGUUAACCACUUCUUUUGAAAUAGAAAAACUGAACCAUUUCUUAAGGUCAUUUUUACUACUGAAAAUGAUGACUUUCAAUCCAUUCAACUUUCCCAUGAGCAGAUUUUCCAAGGCCCCUUGCCUCCCAAUGGGAUUCAUUCAGAUUGAUUACCUCAUGUGAUGAUCAGCGUGGCACAAAUCAGAAUUGUUUGCCUCUCUUCUGAAAUAUAUGAAGUCCACCUUCCUGACCUACUAGUAUAUCCUGGGAGAUUUAAACCAUGGAGGUUGGAAAUGGCCAUUCCUGGCAAACCUUCAGUUUUGGUUUUUUUUUUUAAAAACUUGAGUUUUUGAACAAACAUGAGCGGUCCAUAAUUUUGUCUUGCAGCAAUCACCUUCCCUCCACAAUCUAGGCUAUGUUUUUGUACCAGACACUAGGAUCUGAAUAUCCCAAUGUCAGAGCAUGUUACCCAUCAUGUAUCAUUUGUGGGUUUUUUCCUGCCCUUUUUUUUAAGAGGGGAAAAAAGACAUUAAAUCAGUCAUUUCACUCAUACAUAAUCUGUCACUUAAACCAAUGGCUCAGUUCUCAUGUGCAUGCUCCAAUUUUCCAUAAAUGAGAAAUAUUUCACUUGGUUUAGGGACUGAGCUUUUGUGAAUUCCCACCAGGGCUCAAUUCCUAACUGAUCUGUAGGUUUUAGGGCUUUUCUAUUUUUAUUCUAGAGGUUUUGGGUUGUUGCUUUUUUUUUUUUAACUCUUCCACCCCACCCCCGAUGUAAUGAAGCAUGUCUUAAUGUUAUGCAACAGACUUACCACCAAAAAGUCACUCUUAGUGUCAGCCACAACCUUUUUUUUAAUGCAGUAUAUUCACCUGUAAAUAGUUUUUGUGUAAAAUUUGACAGAAAAGUAUAUUUACUACACUGUAAAUACAUGUGACAAUAUAUUGUUUUAUUUUGCUUUUUUGUAAAGCAGUUAGUUGCUGUACAUGGAUAACACACAGAUUUGAUUCUUCUUGUGUUGGUAUUGUUAACUCCUUGCAAUUUGCAUUUACAUUACGUCAUUUAAAAGAAAAUGCUGUGUACCAUAAAAUCACCUUGUUGUAUGAUAAGUCACUCUUCUUUCCAUUGGGGCCUAAAUUCUGACAAUGUUUCCUCAUCUACAAUCCUGUUAAUAACUGCAGGCGCAUCUACAUCAGCAGGAAAUCGGCUGCUGAAACCAAAUCGAUAAUUCUAGAUCAAACUGUAGAAACCACAGUUUCAGAUCAUUAUUGUUCUCCAUCCCUAUUUUCUUCCUCAUGUAUGUACUCCCCCCUUUUUUGAAGUAAAAUGUAAAUUCAACCUGC